UACAAAGCAACCAAAGCCAAAAGAGAACGAAUCUUUAAAAACCUUUUUUUUAUAACUAAACCCAAAAAAAAAGAGUUUUAGUUUCAUUUCUUCUUCUUUCUUGUUCUUCUUGAAAAUGGCGACGAGCAAGUGCUACUACCAACGACCAAGCCACCGUUUCUUCACCAACGACCAACACGUCAUCACCACCACCGCACCGUCCGAUUUCGAGCUAGACGAAUGGGAUCUUUACAACACCACCACCGGUUCUGAUUCCUCUCCUAGUUUCACCUUUAGUGAUCUCACUAUCACUUCCGGUCGAACCAAAACUAACCGGAAAGCUGCUGCGUCUUCUUUACCGGUCAACGUACCGGACUGGUCAAAGAUUCUUGGUGAAGAGAGUAAAAGACAGAGCCAUGAGGAAGAAGAAGAAGAAGAAGAAGAAGAAGAGGGAUGUGCACGGCGUGUUCCGCCGCAUGAGUUGAUAGCUAACCGGAGAAUGGCUUCGUUCUCGGUUCAUGAAGGUGCUGGUAGGACUUUGAAAGGAAGAGAUCUGAGUAGGGUUCGUAAUACUAUUUUUAAAAUUAGAGGGAUCGAAGAUUAAUUUUAUCUUUUUAGUGAAAA